CUUCCUCCUCUCUCACGCAAUCUAGCGAUGGACGCAGCGAGCGAGGCGUCCUCGAGCCCCGCCCAGUGGGUCCCGUUCGGCGGGGGCAACGAGGCCCUGCCUCCUUCGUUCGACGCGGCGACGGAGUCCACGGCGGUGGCGGUCGCGUCGUCGGGCGGGAAGGUGGCGCGCCCGGCGAGGCGGCGGACGAGGGUGUCGAGGAAGGCGCCGGUGACGCUGCUCAACACCGACACCGCCAACUUCCGCGCGAUGGUGCAGCAGUUCACCGGCUUCCCGUCCGGCCAGCAGUACGGGCCCAGCGCCCACGACGCGCCGCCGGCCGCCGUGAUGCCUCCUCCGACUCUGCACUUCCCGCAGCCGCAGCUGUUCCUGGAGCAGCCGCAGCUCCAGUUCCCGCGUUUCCAUCAUCAUCAGCAGCAGCAAUUUCCGAAGGCGAACGAAGCAUUUUUCCAGCCCAAUAAUUCCGACCCAACAACUAGUUCGGAGAUGGCCGAGUUGUUCUUGUUCGGACCAGGACCGGCCCAGCCCAAUAUCGACAGCGGCAACUUCCGGUGGCAUUAAGGUGAAUCGAAAAUCGUUAAUGGGGGAUGGGCAUUUUUCAUUUUACAUCUUUAAUUAUGAUUAUCGAGUUAGAUAUUGUCGUCUAACCCCAAGUACGAGAGAAAUCGAUGAGGGGAGUUGGAAGCUCAUCGCAUAUUGUAGAUACGCAUGCAUUAAUUACUCAGUAAAGACUCUCUUAUAAAAAUAAGAAAGGAUAUAUAUGUAUCAUGUUUGUUCUGUUCGUGGGAGAAAUAUGGAAGCUUAAUUUUAUCA